GAGAGAGAGAGAGAGAGGAGAAGAGGUCUCAGCUCCCGACACCUGCUUCUUCUUCUUCUUCGUCUUCUCCGUCGAAACCCUAACCCUAACCCUAAGACCCUACGCACCCCCUCCUCUCCCCUCUCUCCAUCAAUGGAGAUCUCGCGGUCGCCGGCGCUCCUCGCAUGGAUCGCAGCGGUGAUCCUGCUCCUCGCCGCCCCCGCCCGCUGCUUCUACCUCCCCGGCGUCGCCCCCGCCGAUUUCCAGCAGAAAGAUCCGCUUCCGGUGAAGGUCAACAAGCUAAGUUCUAUAAAGACACAGCUCCCAUACUCCUACUAUUCUCUCCCUUACUGCCGACCAGAUACUGUAGUGGAGAGUGCAGAAAACCUCGGCGAAGUUCUUCGUGGGGACCGAAUAGAGAACUCUCCAUAUGUGUUUGAGAUGAGAGAGCCUAAGAUGUGCCAGAUUGUCUGCAAGAUUACUCCCGGUGAGAAGGAAGCAAAGGAUUUUAAGGAAAAGAUAGAGGACGAGUACCGCAUAAACAUGAUUCUUGACAAUCUCCCACUAGUUGUUCCUAUCAAAAGACUGGAUCAGGAUUCAGCUGUUGUUUAUCAGCAUGGCUUUCACGUUGGUGUCAAAGGACAAUAUUCUGGAAGUAAGGAUGAGAAAUACUUCAUCCACAACCAUUUAUCAUUUCUAGUCAAGUAUCACAAGGAUACAAAUAUGGACUCUGCUAGAAUAGUUGGCUUCGAGGUUAAACCAUUCAGUGUUAAACAUGAGUUUGAAGGCCAAUGGAAUGGUAAUAAGACUCGCCUGAGCACCUGCGAUCCUCAUUCAAAGCGUUCUGUUGUGAACUCUGAUUCUCCUCAGGAGGUCGAAGUUAAUAAGGAUAUUAUAUUUACCUACGAUAUCGACUUUCAGGAGAGUGAUGUCAAGUGGGCAUCUCGCUGGGAUACCUACCUUCUAAUGAACGACGAUCAGAUCCACUGGUUCUCCAUCGUCAAUUCUCUGAUGAUUGUCCUCUUCCUAUCUGGUAUGGUGGCGAUGAUCAUGCUCCGCACACUAUACCGAGAUAUCUCCAAGUACAACCAGCUUGAAACCCAAGAGGAAGCACAAGAAGAAACUGGAUGGAAGCUCGUGCACGGUGAUGUGUUCCGCCCCCCGUCUAACUCUGACCUACUCUGCGUAUAUGUUGGCACUGGUGUCCAAUUCUUCGGUAUGCUCCUUGUCACUAUGAUAUUCGCCGUCCUCGGCUUCCUCUCUCCCUCAAACAGAGGAGGGCUAAUGACUGCCAUGCUCCUUCUCUGGGUUUUCAUGGGUUUGUUCGCUGGCUACUCCUCUGCACGGCUAUAUAAAAUGUUUAAGGGCUCAGAAUGGAAAAAAAUCACUCUUAGAACAGCUUUCACUUUCCCUGGGGUUGUCGCUGCCAUUUUUUUUGUCUUAAAUGCCCUAAUCUGGGGGGAGAAGUCCUCAGGAGCAGUACCCUUCACUACAAUGUUCGCCCUUGUUUUGCUCUGGUUUGGGAUCUCCGUCCCCCUCGUAUUUGUGGGAAGCUAUAUCGGCUUCCAGAAACCUGCCAUUGAAGACCUGGUGAAAACGAACAAAAUUCCAAGGCAAAUCCCUGAACAAGCUUGGUACAUGAACCCAAUAUUUUCCAUACUGAUUGGAGGGAUCCUUCCCUUCGGGGCUGUUUUCAUCGAGCUCUUCUUCAUCCUCACCUCCAUUUGGCUCCAGCAGUUCUACUACAUCUUCGGAUUCCUCUUCCUGGUCUUCAUUAUCCUUAUCGUCACCUGUGCCGAGAUCACCAUCGUGCUCUGCUACUUCCAGCUGUGCAGCGAGGACUACCUGUGGUGGUGGAGGUCGUACUUGACUUCAGGAUCCUCAGCUCUCUACCUCUUCCUCUACGCCACCUUCUACUUCUUCACAAAGCUCGAGAUCACAAAGCCAGUGUCCGGGAUUUUGUACUUUGGCUACAUGCUCAUUGCCUCCUAUGCCUUCUUUGUUCUUACCGGCACGAUCGGGUUCUAUGCGUGCUUCUGGUUCACUCGGUUGAUUUACUCUUCCGUGAAGAUCGAUUAAGCGCGUGGUUCGGCGACAUCAUUUGUUUGGAUCAAGCAAACAACACACCAUCAUAUGGGUUUAUUUUUGAGAUACGAGCUGUGCGAUUCUAUACUGUGUGGGAGGUUAAUUCCUUUUCUUGAGGUUCGUUAAAAGUAAUUCGCAGCUUUAUUUUCAUUCAUCAGUUCUUUUAUCUUUUGAUGAUCUUUAAGGAUGCCUCCUGCUGGUUUAGAAAUUAGGGUUCAUUCGUAUACACCAUUCUCGUUCUCCUUUUCUUAAUUUUCUAUGUCAUCCUUUCCGCGUUAACUAGAAGUACUGCUGUAAUACAUUUAUUGAAAUUUCGUACUCUUAUUUUAUCUUUAAUAGAAUUUCAUUGCGUGGUAA